CUCUCUCUCCUCCCCCCUCUCUCUCUCUCGCCAGCUCGUGCCCUGUGGUACAAUAAGUGUCGCCGUCUCUCUGACUACCAGCCAAUACUGUUGGGAACUUUCGCACUGACGGUCGCUCGGGCGACGUCUCCACCGUUUCGUUAUCUCAGCCAGGCGAGAAGUGUUGGCGCUUCCUCUGUGUGUACUCACUACUUAGCCCCAACAAACAAAGGUGGAUCGCAUUACUGGAAACACCUUUCAACUCAACAAACACGGUGCUAGGCAGCUAUCCACUUUUCGGGAUUUCGAGAGAUUGAUCAGUAUACUUUGUCAGUAUACCGUUCCUUUUUUUUGUGGACUUCACUUUUCAACGCAAUCGACGACCAAAUCAUACAGUUGAUCAUCGCAUAACAGAAGACUUGGCUCAAUAACUGCACCAGAAACUACAAAAGCUACUUCAAUAAAAGACCAAAUACUGAUAUUAGAUCACUGGGCUCGCUCUACUUUUUCUCCAUUCAAGGAUCUUUGAAUUGCAGUCGGCACGCGCCGUCUAGUGCUCGAGUCGUGAGUCGAGGGGAAAUCCCUUCUUCAAGGUCGAGUGGACAUUGUAGCCAGAGACAGGCAGUGGGUGAGCGUGUGUGUGUGACACAGAUACACGGGCCAUCAGUCUCCCCCUGAUCCGAGAUCGUAAUGCUGCUUCACUUCCAACCCGAAAGUCCAACUUUCGACCAGAGCUUGGACCGUUUCGACCACUUCUCUUCCGAUAUGGAGGCAAUGUCUGUGAGCACAGAUGACCAGUCCAUUUCCGAUUUCUGUGUGGACUCGGUCAUGUCUCAGCAAUCAGAGACAGACAAGCAGAGCCCGGAGGACAGACAAGAGCAGAGACAGACACAGACACACAAGGACUCAUCGUCUACGGGAACACCCAAGAAGAAAAGGAUUAGGAAAACUCGCGCGAAAAUAAAAAGUCCAGAGCUGAUCCAGAAGCUGAAAACCUCCCGUCGCCAGCGCGCCAACGACAGAGAGCGGAACCGGAUGCAUGGUCUGAACGAGGCCCUGGAAGUUCUCCGGACAACGCUGCCCAACAGCACAGACGCCAAAAUGACCAAGAUCGAGACUCUGCGCUACGCGUGUAACUACAUCAGCGCUCUGGCCGCCAGCGUCAAACUGUUGGAGCAGAACAAAGACAGAGAUGACGUCACAGCUCGCGAGUUGCCGAAUCCGGAGGACUACGCCUUUAUGCUGAACUAUCAGUACGGGGGGGAGAACAUGUUGCAGCAGGGUCAGUCUCCUCAGUCUUGUGGCAUGUCCCCGAGCUCCGUGUCUUCAGUUGGUCAGCAACGACCUGUCUCGGUCUGCGACUCCGGUGUGGGGGGAUACACGGUGCAGCAGCUGUGCGGACAACAACAGCAGCAACAACAGCAACAACAGCAGCUGUGUCUCAGGCUUCAUAACGACAACAUCAUGCAUCAACAGCAACAGCAGCAGCAGCAGCAACAACAACAAAACGUUCUGCAAAAUAUGGGAUGCUUUGGCGUGAAUGACGCUUUUAUGUUCGCAGACGCCGCUCUGUUCCAGCAUCACCACCAACAACAGCAGCAGCAGCAACAGCAGCAACACUUAUCACAAGUCGGCGCCAAGCAAACAGUAGCGCAGAACACCCAACAACAACUGCAGUUUUCCAAUUUCCUCAGCAACCAAACUAAAGACAGAGGAUCAAACCCAGCUUUCGAAAACUGUCUCAAUAUGUCUGCUCACUGUGACAACUUUUUCGAAUCUGCAAACUUCAACUCAACUCCAGUCACAUCUUCCUCCUCUUUCAACACACCCCCUACCUCCCCAGACAACAACAAGUUGAACUCUGUAACCAACAACCAACAGCACCAAAGACUUUGCCAAUCACAACAACAACAGCAACAGCAGCAACAACAACACUUACAGAACAAUUCCGCACAACUGUCCGCCUCCGUCGCUCAAGACUUCGCUCAUGUGCAAGAACAGAAGUUCCUAAAUUCUUGCGCUUUGAACUCUCAACUGAGCAGCCAGGCAUUUUCGUCCUCAUCCUUACACAACGUCAUGAUCCCUACACAUUUCUUGUGACAAUGCACGACCGACUGCUAAUGAACUGCUCAUUGUAUAGUAUGAAUAAGAAAGAAAGCAAUUGCGACUAAUUCGAAUCAAAAGUCUCCGAACAGAUACGAAACUGUGCUAUGCGUUUACUUUUUACACCGAAUGUGUUCAGAUGCUGAUGUUAUAUGAAUCCCUCUAUGGGUAUUCGUGUUUGUGUUUGUCAGUGACUAACUUUUCAAUUUUAAACUUGUCUUUAUUUUCUUGAAACAGUAGCGUCAUCUGUGCCCCAGUGGGUGUUGUUCUUUUCAAUGUCUCUGUACCUUCAUGACUCCUUCUUCUAUUGGUGUAGCAGUGAGUGUGUUUGUUUGUCAUGUUGUUGUUGUUGUUUUGUUUUAUUUUUAUCAAAGUUCCAUAAUACAGGUAAUAUUCUGGGAAAGUUGUUGUUCCAAAGAGUAUGUCAUACCAGACUAGUCACAAGCGUAGCAUUCUCAUCAUGAUAUCAUUUUUCGAUUACUUCGUAUAUAUCUCUGUCGUAAUUGUCUUCCUCAAUCUAAUCACCAUUUUUGUCUAUCCUGUGUCGGAGUUUAGUGUGUUAUAUACAUUACACUCACUUGGUUGUGUUUCGUUACUGCCACUCAACACGUCUCGAAGAACAUUUUUUUCUGGCGCGCUCUGAGACCUGUACUCUUUCUAUUCUAUUUACAAAUUCACAUACUUUUGAACGUUCUCUUCGAGUCCGAUUGAACUUAUAAUGUAUGCUUAGAGAAGAGAGAGAGAGAGUGAGAGAGUGAGAGAGAGAGAGAGCUGAUAGAGACAGAG